CUCUCCCACACCAAGAAGGAGGGGAAAGGGGGGCACCUGGCCCCAUCCUGCCCUGCAUUGCUGGUCCUGUGGGAGCCCUGUGCCCCCCAGGGACCGUGGUCCCCAGCGGUGAUGCUGGCUGGGUGCAGGAUGAAGGCCCUGGCCUGGCUGGGCAUCACCAGCCUGUGCCUGGGGGCAGCUUGGGCUGUCCCAGCCAAGGAGGAGAGGAGGAAGGCAGAGAAGACAAAAGCUGACCUGGUACUCUACGAAAACCUGGACCUGGACAACUAUGACCUGACAUUGGACAACUACGGGGACAUCUUUGACCUGAACAACUAUGAGGAGCUCUAUGACUACGGUGACCUUGCUCCGAAGAUUGAAGUCGGCACCCUGGCUCCUCGCCCCAAGGACCCCGCGGCUCUCCCAAACCUGGGCCCCACGGCUGAAACCCCAAAGCUGCAGCCUCCAACCACCGCCGGCCCCAUCCACCCAGCGCCCGUCCCCGCGCAGGGCCUGCCCAGCUGCCUGCUCUGCCUGUGCGUCAGCACCUCCGUCUACUGCGACGAUGUCAACCUGGAGCACAUCCCGCCGCUGCCGCCGGACACCACCUACCUCUACGCCCGCUUCAACCGCAUCGGCACAAUCCGGGCCAGCGAUUUCACGGGGCUGAAAAAGCUAAAGCGAAUAGACCUGACCAGCAAUUUCAUCUCCUGGGCAGAUGCAGACGCCUUCCGCCUGCUCCCCAGCCUGCAGGAGCUCAUCCUGCCCGAGAACAGGCUGACGGCGCUGCCCGAGCUGCCCGGCAGCAUCGUCCGGCUGGAUGCCCGUCUCAACAGGAUCCCCAGCACCGGCCUCCGGCCUGAAGCUUUCCGGGACCUGAAGCAGCUGCAGUUUCUCCAUCUGUCUGAUAACCAGCUGGAUUAUAUCCCAGUGCCCCUGCCCGAGAACCUGCGCUCCUUGCAUCUCCAGAACAACAACAUCCAGACCAUGCAUGAGAACACCUUCUGCAACAGCCAAGACCACAGCCAGAUCCGCAGGGUGCUGGAGGACAUCCGCCUCGACGGCAACCCCAUCAACCUCAGCCUCUUCCCCAACGCCUACUUCUGCCUGCCCCGCCUGCCCACGGGCCGCUUCUUGUGAGCCCCACGGCUCCAACACUGGGAAACAAGGGGGAGGGUUCCCAGACCCACCAUGACCCCACCCCAGACCCCCUUGGACACUGCUGCUCCAUGGAAAACGUGGGGUUAAGGCAGAUGCAUUUAACCCUGGUGGGAGCUGAGCCUUCACAUAGGGGUGAACUCAGUUCUGGGGCAAAUCAGA